AUGGCCUCUGAAGGAGAAGUAAAACUCCUGGGUGCAUGGCAAAGCCCCUACGUUCUACGUGCCCGAAUCGCACUCAACGUUAAAUCCGUGCCUUAUGAAUUCCAGCAAGAAAACAUUCUUGAGACCAAAAGUGAACUCCUACUGAAAUCCAAUCCAGUCCACAAGAAAGUUCCAGUUCUCAUCCAUGCUGGCCGGCCCGUCUCUGAAUCACUCGUCAUUGUCGAGUAUAUUGAUGAAGUUUGGAGUGGAAGGGAACCCAUUCUGCCUUCGGAUCCCUAUGAUCGGGCCGUCUCCCGGUUUUGGACUACUUUCAUCGAUGAUAAGUGGUUCCCAAGCUUCAAGUCGAUUUUACUGUCUUCAUCCGAGGAUGUUAGAAAUGCAGCAAAAGAGGAUGUAACUCGGGGCCUGACUUUAUUAGAGAACGUCUUCGCAGAACUGAGCAAGGGACGAAAAUUCUUCGGUGGUGACAAAAUUGGCUACUUAGACAUUGCAUUCGGAUGUUUCUUAUCAUGGAUAAGGGUGACACAAAGAGUGUGCAAAAUUAGUUUGAUUGACGAAUUCACGACUCCUGGUUUGUUUAAAUGGGCUGAGCAGUUUUGUGCUGAUGUUGCUGUUAAGGAUGUCUUGCCUAAUGCGUUCACUUGCAGUUUCUGGGUCGGGUUUCGGGGCCGUGACUCUGCUAUUAUUGUGCUUGGUGUGGAAUCAUGUUGUGGGAAGAGGCAGUGUCUUCUCUUUUGUUGUUAG